AUGGCUUCUCUACGAGGAUUGGACUCCCUGACUCUGCAUUAUGCAUAUUUCAUCUUCAUGUCUGCGAUCGGCAGUGUCAUAUUGUACACUACAGCGGCGCCGAUCCAUGAUCUCCACUAUGCUGACGCGUUGUUCAUGAGCUUCAGUGCUAUGAUAGGUACAGGGCUGAACGUGCUGGACCUGGCUACCCUUAAUGGUAUACAACAAGGCACCCUAUGUUCGCUUUUAAUCUUCGGCCAUGUUAUUUUCAUCCUCGGGAUCCUCUCCUUCCUACGCGCCCGAAGUCUCCGCUCUCUUUUGAAAGAUGCACGCAGAAAGAAUGGUGAUCAGACCGUUACUCACACGUCAAUCGUGCAGAUACAGACAGAGCAGCUUUCUGAAGACAAGGAUGGUGUCCUAUCUGUCAAAAUCACCAGUCUAAACGCGACAGAAGGAGAAGUACCAGCCGAUAUUUCGACCCUUGAAAAGUCCAAAGAUGAUGUAUCAUCGAAAUACAACGACUGCACCAUGGUCACUCAUCAGAAUAUGUUGGAUGAAUGCCAAAGAGUCACUACCAUCACUGUCAUAGGUGACGAAACAAACGUCUGUGACGCCAAAACCCGGUUGUUCCUCAUGGUCGGCAAAUUGAAGAGCAUAAUGCAACAAAUCAAAAAGGAUCUGAGCAAGAGCAGUCCAAUCGAUUGUGGAGAGCCAGGAUGGACAGAGUACAAGGCACUUUCAUUGAUCUCGGCAGUUGUAGUACUCUACUACAUCGCCUUUCUUUCCUUCGGCAUUAUAUGCUUAGGGCUUUGGAUGAAAUAUUGUCGUCCAGAAAUUGCACAAGUAGAUGGGGUUUCCCCUUUCUGGACAGGCACUUUCCUUGCUAUAUCUGCGUUUUCCAACAAUGGCAUGUCCCUCCUCAGUGCCAAUAUGGGUCCCUUUCAACAAGAGGCUACUCCCCUUCUCGUCACUGGUUUUCUUAUACUUGCCGGAAAUACACUGUUUCCUUGCUUGCUCCGACUUUCCAUCUGGGUUAUUAGCAAAAUGAUCCCGGAGAAACCAGCCUGGCAGUCGUGGCGGGGAGUUUUCGAUUUGACUCUUGCCCAUUCCCAAGACGUUUGCGCCUAUUUAUAUCCUUCUUGGCAUACAUGGUUUCUAUUUGGCACAGUCUUGAUGCUCAAUGGAAUCAUGUGGGGAGCUUUCGAGCUUUCUGCUCUCUACAACAUAGAGAUUGCGGCACUUUCUGCCAGAUACCGAGUUCUAGAUGGACUCUUCCAGGCUUUAGCUGUGCGUGGCGGCGGUUUCUCCGUCGUGGCAUUCGAUGGACUGCCACAGGCAUUACUUAUUCUAUACGCCCUUAUGAUGUAUCUUUCUGCCUUCCCGGUAUCAAGACUCAUCAGGUAUGGAAUCAUCACCCCAUUAGCCAAAAAGCUUAGAUUGACAUUGGACAGCGGAAGGGAAGCAGUCAAAGCGAGGUCCAUUAGUAUCUCCGACAAAGAACUCGACGUCUCCAAAUGUUCUCCUUCAACCAUCGGUUCAAAUCCCUCAAGAUUUGCCCGCAGCCAAUUCUUCUGUCAACAACUUCGCUCCCAAUUCAGCCACGACAUCUGGUUAAUUUCCUUCGUGGUCCUUCUUGUAACCAUCGCCGAGUCAGACCACUACAAAGCCCAACCCGUCGCGUUUUCCACUUUCAACAUCAUUUUCGAGGUUGUAUCCGCAUAUAGCUGUGUCGGUGUGAGCAUUGGAUACCCAGGCAAGAGCUAUGCCUUCUGCGGCGAGUGGCACACAUUCAGCAAACUUUUGUUGGUUGUUACCGCGCUGAAGGGACGUCACAGGGGUCUAGAUUUCUCCCGCGGCAAGGCUAUAUCGCUUGGUGGGUCUUUGGAGCCACCUGAGGAGAAGAUAUCGCAACAGGGCAAGGCUGGACCACCCUGUUGCGUUUAA